AUGUCAACUCCAGUACAAUUCCACAUCUUCCUACCUAGUUACAUCCUUCAAUAUGUUGUCAACGAACCUAGGCCUCGGAUUGAUUCUGACCUCUUUCUAAGCAAAGCUACUACCUCCCAAAUUGUGGAGGUGAUCCUUUCUUUUUAUCCGUAUUUUCGCUUUACUCAAAAUGCGCAAGAAGAUCACGAGCUACUCCUCAAGAUCUUCGUGGAAAUGAUAGCCCCUCGUCUUUACUACAUACUUAUCCAUGUUGGCCCCAACACAGACUAUAUCCAAGCCCAGCUUAGCCACCCAAUUAGUAUUAUUCAACCGUCCAUCAGAUGGGUGAACUCAAGUGCUGAUAUCGACGCCGGACGGAUCGAUCACUUCAACGAGUUUUGCCUCCCGAACCUUAAAAACGGACAGUAUCGUCUUGCGGCUGAGGCCAUCAAAGAAUUUGCCCGGAAGUUUGAGUAUCUCAAUCAUAACGAGAUCGGCGAAAUCCUCAGUACUCACGACGAUGCCCUAGAGAACUACCACGAGCUUGGCGGUAACCUUCAAGUUGCCUACAAGUCGAUCGAAAAAAUCAAUCUUCAGCUACUUGAGCCCAACCUCUCACUUACCUCCUUUCAAGACCUUGAAAACAAAUUCAAAUUGGCCAACACCUCACUCAAAUCGCAUCAGGAUGCCAUGGAAGUUGCCACCAAAGAUGCUGCUUUGCUUCAUGCUUUGGCCAGUUAUCAUAAGGAGGUUCUCGAAAAACAAGAAUUAAAUGGUCAAAAAUAG